AUGGGAGCCACAGCUGGUCUUACGACAGGCGGGGUCGUAGUCGCAGACAGAUAUUAUAUGGGGGGAAUCCUGACACGCAGCUUGCGAGCAUAUACGACAAUUGCGCAAGUCGGAGUCGAUUACAAGAUGCACUCAGGCAAGAAUCCCAAGGGAGGUCGUGUCCCCAUUGACGAGCUCCACGAUCGAAACGCCGCGCGAGUUUGUAACAUGAUCAAGACGAACGGCGGCAUCUUUCUCAAGAUUGGCCAAGCGAUUGCAGUGCAAGGAGCAGCCCUGCCAGAAGCGUAUCAGCGCGAAUUCCAAAACAUGUUUGACGAUGCUUCGCAAGAAUCUUGGAGCGAUGUCCAGGCAGUCAUCAAAGAAGAGUUUGGUGCCAGUGUAAGCGAAGUGUUUGGUGAUAGUGUAGAGAAGGAGCCCAGAGCUUCGGCUUCAAUAGCACAAGUUCAUUAUGCGAAGUUGAGAGAUGGGCGAGAAGUUGCGAUUAAGGUGCAAAGGAGAAACUUGGCGCAGCAGGCAUCGUGGGAUCUCUGGACAUUCAAGGUUCUUUGUGACUUAGUAGGGAGAACGACGGAUAUCCAUAUCCAAGGCAUCGGCGACUACAUCAUGAAUAACAUUAUGAAAGAGACGGACUUUGAGAACGAGGCAGCUAAUUCGACAAGGAUAGCUGAGCUUGUAAAGUCAGAUCCUGACCUGAAUAAGAGAGUAUACAUCCCCCAGGUCUAUACAGAACUUACAUCGAAACGCGUCUUGACUUCCGAAUGGAUUCAUGGCGCCAAACUUUGGGAUAGGGAUAUUAUCACUGGUGCUCACAAUCCUUCUGGCGAGACUUCUGCAGGCAUGGGCCUUAAGGAGGCCGAUAUUAUGACCACCGUCAUUGAUCUUUUUUCAUCACAAAUGUUCAAAUGGGGGUUUGUCCAUUGUGAUCCUCAUCCAGGCAACAUGUUUGUUCGACGUCUUCCGUCCGGCAAACCGCAGAUCGUGCUCAUAGACCACGGCCUUUAUGUAUCGUUGUCUGACAACUUGCGGCGCCAGUACGCUCGCUUCUGGAAGUCUCUUCUGACCGGCGAUCAGAAAGGACUAGAGGAAGUUUCGACCGCCUGGGGCAUGAAGACAGCCGAUGCCUGGGCUGAUACCUUCAUGUCUCGAGAGAAGAAGCCAGGGCCGAUCGAUGAGACACCUGAAGAGAAAUCACAAAGAGCUAUCAGCGAAGCAUCAGCAUUCUUUGGCGAAGAAGGCUUAUACCCUCGUGAGCUCAUAUUUCUAGAACGAAAUCUGGCUCUCGUCCAAGGUAGCAAUCGCUUCUACGAUUCUCCCGUCAACAGGCUCGGCAUGAUCGGUCGCUCAGCAAUGCUGAAUUUGCGAGACGAUAGCGAAGUGACGUUUGCACAAGCAAUGAGCUCGCGACGGGCCAUGUUUGUUCUCGAUGCCGUGUUUUACUUCAGCAGGUGGAAGCAGUACAUGGGCUGGGGCAAAGGUUUCGAGGACGAACUGAAGGAGGCAGAGGAGAGGAUGGCCCAGGAGAUGAAAGACUCCAUGUCCAGUCUCUGGGAAGUGGACAAAGAAGCGGAAUGA